GCUGCUGGAAUCCCGCAGGUGAAGCAGAGCGGCAGUUCGGAUCUGACAAUCAUGAGCCUUCCUGACAUCAAAUCAUCACGGAAACUGGCAGUCGAGUCUUUACAGCAGUGCCCCGUCGUGCAGCUGAAUGUCGGCGGUCAGGUAUACACCACCGCCCUAGCGACGCUGCGCAAAUUCCCCAACUCGAAGCUGGCUGAGAUGUUCAGUGCGAAUUCCAAACUUGUAAAGGAUGCACAGGGUCGCUGUUUUAUUGACCGCAACGGGACGCACUUCAGUGCCAUUCUUGAGUACCUCCGCUCAGAGGAGGUUCCUACUAAGAAUAUCCUGGAGGUUCACAAGGAGGCCGUGUAUUACGGUAUAAAACCACUGGUAAAACGCCUGGAGGACUCGCCACAGUUUUUCGGCGAGAAGGUAGGAAGGCAGCAGUUUUUGUCUCGUGUGCCCAAUUAUCAAGAGAAUCUGGAAGUCCUCAUCAAGGUGGGUAGAGCAGAGGCCAUGGCCUCACGAUACUCCGCAAUACUCAUAUGUGUCCUAAAGACAGAGGAUGAUCUGAUGAGGUACAAUGACGCCAUGGGCAGUCUGGAUACAAGAAAGGAAUCUAUUGUGAGUUUUGGCCCCUGGAACGCUCAGGCAAGCGUGGAAGAUCUUCUUGAUUGCAUAAAAAUGGACAUAGAGGCAAAAGGAUAUAAUGUGAGCAUUAAACCACACAGCACAGACAAAGGCUUUUUGUUUCGGAGCCAUGAUUUCUUCUAUAAGCUGACGUUUACUUGGUGGUGACUACUAAAGUUGUGAUUGGGAGUGGAAUGUAUUUAAAUGUUAGUACACAGAGGGCAUGUAUCUUCAUAAAAUCAAUUUUAGAUAAGAGCUGUGUGUUAUCUAUCUAUCUACAGGACCCACCUAUAUUGUAGACAUGUGUCAUAUAGGACUCAUUCAGGAUCUUUGUUGGCAGCUGUAACCACCCUUGAUUAAUAUUUACUCUAGUUUGUAUUGGCACAUUAUAACACCAUGUGACCUUAAUGUGCUCACAAAAAUGUUCUUUUACAGACAUUAUUAUUUUUUUUUUAAGAAUCCGAUAUAGCACGGGAUAGAAUAUUUCUCUCACGGCAGUGUGAAAUUGAGGAAAGUAAUUAAUGUUGGGGUGAGCUGAUGUAGUCUAAUAUGUUUAGGAAGUAUAUUAUUUUUAUUUUAAAAAAUCUGUUGCGAAUUGUUUUAUCCUAGUAAUACCACAGUGAUUUGGCAAAGAUUUAAAUUUUCAUUUCUAAAUUAAGAGAUAGAUAUACUGUAUUGCCACAGUACAAGUUCAAUAAAAUGCAGUUUAGCAUCUACCAGUAGUCCAAAAUAUGCUGUGUUUACAUCAGUGCAAAUAUUGGCACUGUGCAACUUAUAAGGUGCAGGUUAAAUAAGUAGAUUUACAAUGCCGUGAAAAAGUAUUUCCUGAAUAUUUUUUUGGUGCACACUUAAAUUAUUCAGAUCAUCAAACAAAUUUUUAUAUUCCACAAACAUAGCCCACAUGCAUUUCUCACAUAGGGCCAGGCAUGUUUGGAAAUUUUUUCCAUUAAUAAAAGUCAACGUAAUUUUAAAAAAUUAAUUUUGUAUUUUCAUUUUGAUAAUCUCAAUCAUUUAAGUAUGACAAAUCUGAAGAAAAAAAAAUCAGGAAGGGACAAAAAGAGAACGUACAAUGAAUAUGUGCAGUAGCUAUAGCUUAGAAUUGCUUAUUUUUGCUGAAUUACACUGUUAUAAGUAAAGCUAAUUUUAUAGUAUACGAACAUUAAUUAUACAAAAAAGUACCGGAUUAUCUGCACAAUGAAUAUAGAGAUAAUGUGUACAUGUAGACAAAUGUACAGUACCAGUCAACAGUUUGGACACAUCUUCUGAUUCAGUGUUUUUGUCUUGUGAUUUAUUUUCCACAUUCUAAACCACAAUACUGGAGAUUGCAAAACUAUGAAUAACACACAUUGUUUUAGGUAAUUAACAACUACAACAAUAGUCAUACGUUAUUUUAAGAUAUGCUCAGGUCAGCUGUUCUGGAACUUGUAAAGGAUGCACAAGGUUGCUGUUUUUACAGACCGCAACGGGAUGCAUUGCAGUGCGAUUCUUGAGUACCUUCGCUCAGAGGAGGUUCCUAUCAAGUGAUUUAUUGCAUAUUUGCAAGAACAGUAUUCUCAAGUACAUGUGCAAAAUCAAUCAAGCACCAUGAUGAAACUGACUCUCAAGAAGACCAUCCCAGGAAAGCAAGACCGAAUCUAACCUCUGCUGCAGUUCAUUUAGACUUAAGAGCCUCAAAAUUCACCAAUCAACAGCGGACAUAUCUCGAUAUCAACUGUUCAAAGGGGAUAAUUGCAUAUUUUGGAUGCCUUCAGCAUUGUUUUACAAAAUAGAAAGAAAUUAAAAUGACCAGGACUGAUCAUGGAAUACACACACACAUUUAUGUAUAUUAAAAGAAAAUGUAUAAAGAUAGUCUAUCUAUAUAAAUGUAUAAAGACAUAUUUUUUUAACCAUAUUUACAAUUAAUUUCAUUAAUAAACAAGUUAGUUCUUGCUGUCAC